GAAGAUUAAGGCACACUGUGUGGAGCCCUUCACCGAGUACUGGACGUGCAUCGACUACACCAACCUGCAGGAGUUCCGCCGGUGCCGAAAGCAGCAGGCGGCGUUCGAUAACUGUGUGCUGGACAAGUUGGGUUGGGUGAGGCCGGAUCUGGGCGAGCUCUCUAAGGUUACGAAAGUGAAGACAGACCGCCCUAUGCCUGAGAAUGCCUAUCACUCCAGGCCUAGACCGGAGCCCAAUCCACCCAUUGAAGGCGAGCUGAAGCCUUCUCCGUUUGGCAGCAGGCUCUUUUUCUGGUCCUGGUAA